AUGUGUAGUCCGCAGAAGUCCGGCAUGAACGCCUUGAGCAUGAGGAUGGUGACCCGAAGCGGGAGCCGGUGCCCUGGUGCCGGGCCGCGGAGGCAUGGGGAGGACCCUGCGCCGCUCCAGAAGGGAGAAGCGGUUGCAGAAGGAAAGCAAAGUCACAGGCCUGUGAAGCAUCAGCGGAAAGCACGAAGACUAUGUGUGGCCUAUGAGGCUUCAGAUGGUGAGAAGGACAAGAGGGCUGAGCCACUCAAGGAGCCAGUCUGGGAGCCCCAGGACUGGCAGCAGCAGCUGGCCAACAUUCGCACCAUGAGGAGCAGGAAGGAUGCACCUGUGGAUCAGCUGGGGGCUGAGCACUGCUAUGACCCCAGUGCCUCCCCAAAGGUGCGCCGGUACCAGGUGCUGCUCUCGCUAAUGCUCUCCAGCCAGACCAAAGACCAGGUGACGGCAGGUGCCAUGCAGCGGCUGCGAGCCCGGGGCCUGACGGUAGACAACAUCCUGCAGACAGACGACAGCAUGCUGGGCCAGCUCAUCUACCCUGUGGGCUUCUGGAGGAACAAGGUGAAGUACAUUAAGCAAACCAGCGCCAUCCUGCAGCAGCGCUACGGUGGGGACAUCCCAGCCUCUGUGGCAGAGCUGGUGGCACUGCCUGGUGUCGGGCCCAAGAUGGCACACUUGGCUAUGGCUGUGGCCUGGGGUACUGUGUCAGGCAUUGCAGUGGACACACACGUGCACAGAAUCGCCAAUAGACUUGGGUGGACCAGGCGGGCCACCAAGUCCCCGGAGGAGACCCGUGCUGCCCUGGAGGCAUGGCUGCCCAGGGAGUUGUGGAGUGAGAUCAACGGACUCUUGGUGGGCUUCGGCCAGCAGACCUGUCAGCCUGUGCACCCCCGCUGCGGGGCCUGUCUCAACCAGGCCCUGUGCCCGGCCGCCCAGGGGCUCUGAGGGACGUGGUUGCUGGCCAGGGCUCUAUUCUGGCCACUGUCUGCACAGUGCCUUUGCUGGGGAACCGCAGCCUGUUUAAUAAAGCUUUGGGGUUGUUUGCAA